AUUACAGGCUGUUAUGCAAAAGAUUUUCCCGAAAAAUUGCUGAACGCUUUCAAUGCUGAUAAUUAUACAAUUAUUUGCAUCGAUCCACCUGGUUACGGUAAAAGUCGUCCUCCAGAACGACAACAAGAAGUAAAUCGAUGUAUGAAGGAUGCACCCUUCUGCAUAAAGCUUAUGCAGCAGUUGAAUUUGACACCCUUCUUAGUACUUGGCUGGAGUGAAGGUUCUCGAACAGCAAUCCACGUUGCUGGACUAGGAAAACAGCUAGUCAACGGUGCCAUUUUAUUAGCCGCAGCUACACGAAUUGAUCAACGUGGAGCGCGCAUUUUUCGCGGUAUGCGAAACAUAAAUCAGUGGUUGCCAAAUGCAACUGAAGUAUAUUUAAAGCAUUACCCAAAAGAAUUUGUUCAAAAACAGUGGGCUGAUUUAUGUGAUGUCGUCCAACAAGUUUACGAUUUGCUGGGAGGUCGUUUUCCAUCAGACUAUGUGCUGCCCAAUUUGAAGAUUCCAGUUUUGGUUAUGACCGGCGGUAUGGAUAGAUUUUGUGCUGAUCCUAAGUACUUUGAAACAGCACUUACCAAUUGCAGAAUUGAGAAGCAUUCGCUUGGUGGCCAUGACUUCUACUUGAAAUAUCCGAGAUGGUUUGCAGAUAAAAUUAAUGAUUUUAUUACUGAUCCUAAAAACCAUCUUUUCUGCUAA